UUUUUAAAAAUUUAUAAAGAUGAUGUGGUAAUUAUAACAAACACCACCAUUAAAAGAUAUUCCGAUAUGAAAAAUUGACUAAAAAAUUAUAAUAAGAGAUUAACUGUAUAUUACUCCUUUUUGUAAUAAAUGAAAUUUAACAGCUUUUGAAAAAGUAAAUCUAAUAGAAUAACAGAAUAGAAUAGGUGACACUUGGUUUUUGCCUAUACAGACAUGAAAGGCCCAUUCUUUUUUAUUAUAAAUUAGGUGUUUCUUCAGACAAGGUAUAGUAUCAAUUAAGUUAGGCAUCAAAAAGGAUCAUGAAACAAAAUUAAAAAAAUAAAAGAAAAAAAGAAAAGGGUACCAAUGGGAUUAUUAUUAUUAUUAUUAUCAUCAUUAUAUAACUUUGUUUUUACAUUUUCUAUAGUUUUUUAGUAUAAAGCUUUACUCACUCACUCACUCAUUCACUCACUACUACUAUACAUUGUUUUAAAUAAUGCUUUGAGAAAUGUGAAUGAGUGUCUUGUUUUUUCUUAGCAGAAUCCUAAAUUAACAUGAUUUAUGCUCCUAAAUCUCUGGACCAAAAACAAUGCCUAUGAUAUCAAAGCUUAAGCCUAAACAAGGUGUAUAGAGAGGAAAGUAUUGUUAAAGAAAAGAUCUAAGUGUAUUGAAUUAGUUAAACUCACUUUGACUUAAAGAAAGGUCAAAAAUUAAGUUGUAAGAAAAUUAUGAAUGACAUUAAUAGUGAAACAUCAUCAUCAUCAUCAUCAACAUCAUCAAAGCAACCAUGGAACAUUUAUGGAAGCUCACAAGAUCUAACCCCAAAUCCAAUUUCAACUCAAUCUCAAUCAUCUACAUGGAAAAGCUUUGGAACAUCAAUGAAUGCAAUUUCAUUUGGUUUUGUGGCCACAGCUAUUUUGAUUUCUAUGUUUCUUAUUAUGGCAAUUUUUGAGCAUUUAUUCAAGCCAACUUCUUCUUUUUCUUCUCCUCAAGAUAUCAACAACAACAACAACCACAACAACUCUUCUUCUCUUGAAUCGGGCACCUUUCAAAAACUCGGAAAUUCCCAUAAUGUGUCAACAUCAUAUGCAUCUGAUUUCUCAGUAGUGAUGCCAGGUCAUCAAUAUCCUACUCAUAUUGCUCAACCAGCUCCUCUCCCAUGCUCAAGAGAAGGAAUUUAUUGGCCACCCCAUUGACCAAAAUUUAAUUAAUAUAAUUUAUAAUAUAAAUAUAUAUUUAUAUAUAUAUUGUAAUAUUGAUAAUUUAAUAUAAUAUAAUUUGCAUUCUCUUCUUCAUAUUCAUGAGAGGUAGUUUGUAUAUUUAUGAAGCCAUCUACUCUUUUGUUA